AUGGUUGGAAAACGGAAGAGGGACUCGUCAGUUGUGUCGAGAUCCACAACUGCAGAGGACCAAGAAACAGUCCCUACGGCUCCUAUCGAUACCCAUUCUCAUGAUGUGUUCCGCAAAUUUUUCGAAGCCCAAUUCCAGCCCAUAGAGUUACCUGGGGAUCAGUUCAAGCGCGACGGAAAAGAAAACGCAGAGGAAACCGACGAAGAAGUCUCGGAGGGGUCUGAAGGUGGAUCGGAAUGGGGGGGUCUCUCCGGCGAGGAUGAAGGUGACAACAAAGUCGAGGUAGUCGAACAUCGGGAGCUGUCCACCAGAAAGGGCGACGAGCUUGACAAGAAGGCUCGCAAGGCUUUUAUGACCGCCAAACCCCCGUCUCUGUCUUCGAAAUCGACAACGGACAAGCGCACACCGAACAAAGUCGAGAAGAGUGAGGAAGACAAGGCAGGCGAUGCCGAUGACCUGAAGAACGACCUUGCGUUGCAACGUCUUCUUAAGGAGUCCCACCUUCUGGAGUCCGCAUCGGAACUCGCACCCACGGGCAAAAACCGACUCAAGGCUCUGGACCUGAGAAUGCAAACACUGGGGGCCAAGACGUCACUUUACAAGCAGAACAUGCCUUCCUCUCACCGGAAAGGCAUCAAAGCCAAGGCUGAACAGCGAGAAGACAAGCGACGGAGAGAAGCAAAGGAAAACGGAAUCAUCCUAGAAAAGCCGGCACCCAAGAAAGCGGGCGCAGGGCGACGGGAACGAGGAGUUGGAGGACCUUCCGUUGGGAAGUUCGCCGGCGGCACCCUGAAUCUGAGCAAACGGGACAUAUCGGCCAUCCAGGGGCCCAGCCGGUCGUCCAGCCGGUCGUCCAGAGGGAGGGGGAGAGGCCGUCGUUGA